AUGCUAAAACCAGAGACUGUGACACACUUUUCGCAAUUACACUUAUUUACUUUGUUGCAAUUUCAUUUUACUUGCUUUCCAUUCAAACUCAACAGGUUCCGUGAACUAUGUGUGUGGUUUGUUAAUCAGAAAUGGUUCGACAAUGUUGUCCUGCUGUUUAUCGCACUCAAUUGUAUUACCUUGGCUAUGGAACGACCAAAUAUACCGCCAACGAGUACGGAGCGUUAUUUUCUUGCCACAGCCAAUAACGUGUUCACAGCCGUUUUUACAGUGGAAAUGCUCAUUAAGAACCCACGCCCACCAACCAAUGUCUUCUCCAUCACUUUGCCCAUUGUCUCAUUGCAGGUGUUUCGACUACUUCGUUCCCUACGGCCGUUGCGUGUGAUCAACCGCGCCCCGGGUCUGAAAUUAGUCGUGCAAACGCUCUUAUCGUCCCUACGUCCCAUCGGCAACAUCGUGCUGAUCUGCUGCACCUUCUUCAUCAUAUUCGGCAUCUUAGGCGUGCAACUUUUCAAGGGCACCUUCUUCUAUUGCGAAGGAGAGAAUCUCAAGGAGGUGAAAACAAAGUUGCAGUGUCUCGAACGCGGCUAUGAAUGGAAGAAUCGCAAAUAUAAUUUCGAUGAUCUUGGCAAGGCGUUGAUGUCGUUGUUCGUAUUGAGUUCUCGCGACGGCUGGGUGAACAUCAUGUAUACGGGGUUAGAUGCAGUGGGCGUGGAUCAACAACCGGUUGUCAAUUACAAUGAGUGGCGUUUGCUGUAUUUCAUCGCCUUCAUAUUGCUGGUUGGUUUCUUUGUGCUCAACAUGUUUGUCGGUGUGGUCGUUGAAAAUUUCCAUCGUUGCCGCGAGGAGCAGGAGAAGGAGGAGAAGAUUCGUCGUGCCGCCAAACGUGCGCUGCAGAUGGAAAAGAAACGUAGGCGCAUGCACGAGCCACCCUACUACAUAAACUACUCACCAUCGCGUAUGUUCGUGCACAAUGUGGUCACAUCGAAGUAUUUUGAUUUGGCUAUUGCCGCUGUGAUCGGACUGAAUGUUGUCACCAUGGCUAUGGAAUAUUAUGGCAUGGAUGAGGCGUUGGUAUAUACGCUCAAGGUAUUUAACUACUUCUUCACGGCUGUGUUUAUAUUGGAAGCUAGCAUGAAAGUAUUGGCGCUUGGCUGGCAACUUUACCUGAAAGACAGUUGGAAUCAACUUGACGUGGGCAUUGUGCUACUAUCGGUCAUCGGCAUUGUGCUGGAGGAUUGGGGAACGAGACGAUUUCUAAUCAAUCCGACUAUAAUGCGUGUGAUGCGUGUGCUGCGUAUUGCGCGAGUUCUAAAACUGCUCAAAAUGGCCAAAGGGAUACGUGCGCUGCUCGACACCGUGAUGCAGGCUUUGCCGCAGGUCGGCAAUUUGGGCCUGCUCUUCUUUUUGCUCUUCUUUAUAUUCGCCGCCCUGGGCGUGGAGCUGUUCGGUAGGCUGGAAUGUUCCGAAAGAAAUCCAUGCCAGGGCUUAGGCGAACAUGCACAUUUCGCCAAUUUCGGCAUGGCUUUCCUCACAUUGUUUCGCGUAGCGACUGGCGACAACUGGAACGGCAUCAUGAAGGAUACGCUGCGAGAUGAGUGUGACGAUGCGGAUGAUUGUGUGCGCGAUUGUUGCGUUAGCAAAAUCAUCGCUCCAAUAUUCUUUGUGAUAUUCGUUCUGAUGGCGCAGUUCGUACUGGUGAAUGUCGUCGUGGCUGUACUGAUGAAACACCUCGAGGAGAGUCACAAACAGAUGGAAGACGAAAUGGACAUGGAAGUAGAGCUAGAGCGCGAACUUGUACGCGAGCAGGAGUUUGAGAGCGAGCAAAAGCUGUGUCAGCAGUUGGAACAGCAGUCGCAACCGCCGCCACCAGCGCGCCAGCUAAACAAAAUCAAAUCAUUGCCGAAGAACUUCACCUACAGCACGCCGUCGCUGGACAAGAAAUUCCCAAGCGUGUUGAGCGGCAUCGGUGGCCUGAGUGCCGCUGGCAUUGGUGGCCGCCGCCAGACCGUGCAAUACUUUAAUCAACCGAAUGGCAUUGGUUUGGCCGAACUGGGACAUGGCACACAGGCUGGCGCCGGUGCAGGUGCUGCUGUUGGCAGCAAUGGUGGGUCUGGUGGUGGCGGUGGUGUUGGCGCAAGCGGUGCGCUAUUCGCAUCACAAGCGCUCAACGCGCGACUGAGUGCAUCAGCUGCGGAGAAUAGCUUUGAUACAAAACUCCAACUCCAAUCGACUGCGGGUCCGCUGGGACGGCGCGGCCGUCGCAGCUCGACCGCAUUCCGUAAUAAACGCGGCCUACUCGCCAAAGAACGCUCACUCGAUGAGCAGGCCAUACGCCGACGCACGCUCGAAUCGAAACGAAUGAGCUGUGACUCGCUACCCUGGGGUGGUGAUAGCAACGAUUUUCGGCGUGGCACUAUUUUCGAAAGUUUAGAGUCGGAUGGCGCCGGUAGUCCCUCGUCCACAUAUGAUAUACGCAGCAUACGCAGCGAAGACGUCGCAGCAACAGCAAAUGCAACAGCGCGCAGUAGUGGCGCUUCCGAUGCGCUCAGUAUUGUGAGCGCGAGCGUGAUCAGUGAAAAGAUCACAGCGCCGAUUAGUGCACCACUAGCAACAACCGCAGCAACGGCUGCACUACCAAUCGGCAAUGCCUUAACAGCCGGAUCGGCACCACGUCGCACUUACGGACGCUCAUUCUCAACCGACCAAGCCUCUAGCAGCAGUGGUGUAUUAGGUAGUGGACGCGGUAACAGUGGUGGAUUACUAUCCGUACCGCGUGGCAUGCCGCCACGCAGUCGAAGUGGCAGCACCAAGCAGCUCUUCAAACAGCAAGCGCUAGACGAAGAUCCAGAUAUGGACGAGAAUACGCUGCUCUUGCCGGUUGUUGUCGAGAACAAUUGUGAUGGCACUGCAGCCAGCAGUGGCACCACAACUGCUAACAAUGGCAACGGCAAUGUGCACAGCAAUAACGAUCAGCUGAACAAUAACAGCACUAACGGUGCCAAUAAUGGCAAUGUUAAUGGCGCCGCUGCCGCUAUGGUCGUAGAACAGAUUGCGCUAAGCAAAUCUGAUUCGGCCGAUAUAAUGCGUAUCAUAUCGGAGCGCAGACGCAUGGAUCAGCGGGACAAUAGCGGUAACGAGGACUCGGACUACAAAGAGUUGUUGUUGGUGAAAUCACCGCACUCCUCCACCGAUGGCUGAAAGGAAUUAAACACUAACUAUAAGUUACGAAGUAGCAUACAACAUACUAUGUAACUAUAUUAAAUUAAGUGUAGCGUAUGUAUGUAUAUGUAAAUGGAAUUAUAGAAAAUAUGUAUGUCUAGAGCCGAUAGAGUAAGUAAGUUAGAUAAACUAAAAGCGUGAGAUAGAAAAUUCAAAGUCUUUUUAGUGGUUGUUUUUACUUCAUCAUCUCAGAAGUCACUUAGAGUUUGUAUGGCUGAUGUAUCUCUGCUUGCGCCCAAUUUUUCCGAAAUCUCUUUCAUGUAGAAUCUUACUAAAAACCUUCAAUUUUUUUUGUUCUAUCCGUGCCUAGUAUCAUGGAUUUGAAUGAGAGAUUUUGAUUUGAGCACCCGAGCGGUGCGAUCGAUCGUCUAGCCUUUUUCGGCGAGAAACUUUUGCCUGCCUGAGCUCUCUACACAAGCUUCGCUGUUUGCAGCUCUGAGUUUACCCAUUCUUUGGUUUGUCUAUAUGUACUUGUAACUUCAACGAAGGCCAACUAAGGCCACAAGACGGCUUUUGUAUUCCGCCGUAAAGCUUGAUUUUUUACCCAUACACUAAUAAAUACAACUCUGUAGAUAUGUAUGUUCAUAGGCAUGUGGCAAAACUAUUAGGGAAUUUUUCAAACUAUCCAACAAACCAAAUGAAUUUUCAACCACAAAACCAAUUGAACUCCAUACAGACAUAUGUAUGUAUGUAUGUACAUGCAUUCAUUUCAAUAAAAAAUUCUUCUAUAAAAAACAUACAUUUCACACAAUCAAAAGAAAAAUCACACAAUAGUAUUAAAAGAAAUGUUCAAACUGCGUAUGCAUUGUUAGGUAGUGCAGUUACAUAUAUUUGUAUUAAAUUUUCAAACAAAAACUUUUAUAUAGCGAAUGUGAAAUUGCAUCUCUGAAAAUGCAACACUGUUAAAAAGUUUGUCUAUAAAAAUCAUCAACUCUGUGAUUAGCUGUAAAAUAAAUAAACUGAUUUAAAGUCAUAGGUCAAGGAAGUUAAGUAACUUUGUAUUUGAAGUCGUAGUUACGAAAUGAUUAUAUUUUAUUACAGUUAUACAUAGCAUAAUUACUGUAAUAAGCGAGUUUUAAGUAAACAUAACAAGUUGAAAAAAAAAACAAAGAAGAAAACGUUUAAAUGUAUUGCCGAUAGUAAAUAAAAUAAGCAAAUCUAUAAAAUUUAAGCGCAAAAUCUUCCUAACCGCAACUGAGCGCGCAGAUUGUGCGAAAAAAAUAUAUAUAUAAUCAAAUUGUAUAUAAAUUCUAGUUUAGCUAGUAUAAAAAAA